AUGACAACCCCCAAAAAUGUAUUCCUCAUUGGCGCGGGGUUUAUUGGCGGCGAGGUACUUGAACUGCUCCUCGAAGCCAAGUACAGCGUAACAGUACUCGUCCGCCGCGAGGAGCACGCCCGGGAGCUGAAAGCAUGGGGUGCACAGUGCGUCAUGGGCAGUCUCAGCAACGGCGAUCUGAUCAAAGAGCAGACGAUCAAGCAUGACGUUGUCAUUCACACUGCGACUGCCGAUGACAUGCACUCUGUGCAAAGUGUCAUUGCGGGACUAAAAGAACGAAAAGCGAAGAGCCAGUCAUCUAUUUAUCUGCACACAAGUGGCUGCAGUCAAUUGUGCGACUAUGCAGAGGGCGACAAGAAGAGCGAUGUGAUAUACAAGGAUGACGACCCUGCACAGAUCGACUCGCUCUCUGACGAUGCACCUCACAGAAAAGUUGACUUGACCAUCGUACAAGCUCGCAAAUACCUCGGAGACGGCGCAAAGAUUGCCAUUAUACUUCCGCCUGUGAUUUAUGGUGUCAGUACGAAGGCACAGCGCCUGUCCAUUCAGCUUCCAACGCUGACCCGUUUCGCCAUCAAGCACGGCUUCGCCCCUCAUGUUGGCCAGGGACUACCUAUCUGGAACUACGUGCACGUUCGAGAUCUGGCCAGGGCCUAUGUGUUGAUCUUGCAAUGGUUGGAAGGCGACAAAUCCGAAGAUAUCUACCAAAAUCCAUACUUCUUCGUCGAGAGUGGCGAGGAGCACUCUUGGAAAGAGUCUGCAGAGGCGAUCGGACAGGCACUCCAGGAAGCUGGCAAGCUAUCAGAUCCGAACCCCGCUCCUGUUCCGAAGGACCUGUACAGAGAUAUCUUUGGCGAGUACACACCUCAUGUUGUUGGCGCAAAUGCCCGCAACCGAGCAAACAGAUUGCGUUCUCUGGGUUGGAUUCCAAAGGAGAAGGACACUUUCAGAUCAUUGCGGGAAGAAGAGAUUCCUCUCAUUCUGCAGGAUUUGGGCCCUUUCAUGGGAUAUAGUGCCGCAGUAGCAUCAGGAAAAUAA